CAAAUUCAUCUCACUACCACACUAAACAACCCAACGCGAGCGCUCGCGCGUAAAAUGAGUGAUCCCGUGCGGAAUAGAAAGAGAUGGCGAUAGCGAAUGCCAUCCUGUACCUUCUCUAAUUCGUCACCAUCGAUCAUCGUGCAGCCUCUUAACAAACGUAAAUUAACCUCUCCAAGCUCCAAUCAAUUCUGGCGCCCGCCUGGAUCCAUGUGCUGGAGACGUUCUUCCGUUGCAUUCUUUGCCGGAUGGUGUGAGUAGCAAGUCGUGUGUGUGGUUUUUUUUCCUAAUUUGCCGACCAUUCUGGUGAGCCUAUCCUUUGCAUUUAUCGUGUGUGAUCUUCCAUUAAAAAAGCCAUCUGAAACGAGUGAGUAAAACGAUAAGCCCCAAAGCCGGUAGAGAUCGGGUGAUCUGUCGCUCCGUUUGUGGCCCUUGGAGAACAGUCUACGCGUGACUUCGGUAGUGAAAGGUUUGAAACGACGGAACAGCACCACCACAACCACCAUGGCUAGUGGAAAGAUUGCGCUCGUAAGUGUGUCGGACAAGUCCGGGCUGGUGGAGUUUGCCAAGGGGUUGAACGAGCUCGGCCUGAAGCUGGUGGCUAGCGGUGGCACCGCGAAAGCGAUCCGUGACCAAGGUCUGCCGGUGCGUGAUGUUUCCGACAUUACCGGAGCGCCCGAGAUGCUGGGCGGCCGGGUGAAAACCCUGCACCCCGCCGUGCAUGCCGGUAUUUUGGCGCGUAUGACCGAAUCCGACCAGCGGGACAUGCGUCAGCAAAGCUACGAGCUAGCGCAGAUCGUCGUGUGCAAUCUGUACCCGUUCGGGUUAACCAUCUCCAAGCCGGAUGUGACGAUUGCGGAUGCGGUGGAAAACAUCGACAUCGGUGGAGUGACGUUGCUGCGCGCUGCGGCCAAAAAUCAUCAGCGUGUUACGGUGCUGUGCGAUCCGAAGGAUUACGGGAAGGUGUUGGAUGAGAUCCGGCAGCACGGAGAUACGACACCGGCCACGCGGCAGGUGUUGGCGCUGAAAGCGUUCACACACACCGCCGAAUACGAUGCGAUCAUUUCGGACUACUUCCGCAAGCAGUACUCGGCCGGUGUGUCGCAGCUGAACCUGCGCUACGGCAUGAACCCGCACCAGAAACCGGCCCAGAUCUUCACCAUGCUGGAACGGUUGCCGCUGAAGGUGGUUAAUGCGGCACCGGGCUUUAUCAAUCUGUGCGACGCACUGAACGGUUGGCAGCUGGUGCGGGAGCUGAAGCGAGCGCUCGGGCUACCGGCCGCUACCAGCUUCAAGCACGUGUCACCGGCCGGUGCCGCGGUCGGUGUGCCGCUCACCCUCGACCAGGCCAAACUCUGCAUGGUGGACGAUAUUUACGACAGUCUAACGCCGCUCGCCACGGCCUAUGCGCGGGCCCGCGGUGCCGACCGUAUGUCGUCGUUCGGUGACUUUGUCGCGCUGUCCGAUACGUGCGAUCUGGCCACGGCCAAAAUUAUCUCGCGCGAAGUGUCGGACGGUAUCAUCGCACCGGGCUACACGGAGGAAGCGCUCGAGGUGCUGCGCAAAAAGAAGAACGGCUCGUACUGUGUGCUGCAGAUCGAUCCCACGUACGAACCGGGUCCGGUCGAGCGCAAAACCCUGUUCGGACUGCAGCUCGAACAGCGCCGUAACGAUGCGGACAUUAACAAGGCACUGUUUACGAACGUCGUCACGAAGAACAAAGCACUGCCGGAGGGUGCAGUGCGCGAUCUGAUCGUGGCCACGAUCGCGCUCAAGUACACGCAGAGCAAUUCCGUGUGCUACGCCAAGGACGGACAGGUGGUGGGCAUUGGGGCCGGUCAGCAGUCGCGCAUCCACUGUACCCGACUGGCGGGUGAUAAGGCCGACAAUUGGUGGCUGCGGCAGCAUCCGCGCGUUACCGGCAUGCAGUUCCGGAAGGGUGUAAAGCGGGCGGAAAUUUCGAACGCCAUCGACAACUACGUCAAUGGGACGGUCGGUAAGGAUAUGCCGGUGGCGCAGUUCGAAGCGAUGCUGGAGACGGUACCGGCACCGCUGACGGCGACCGAUAAGGAGCAGUGGACCCGACAGCUGACGGGCGUUUCGCUCGGCUCGGAUGCGUUCUUCCCCUUCCGGGACAAUGUGGAUCGGGCGAAGCUGAGCGGCGUGUCGUACAUUGCGAGCCCGGCCGGUUCGACCAACGAUGCGGGUGUGAUCGACGCAUGCAACGAGCACGGUAUCGUGAUGGUCCACACAAAUCUGCGACUGUUCCACCAUUAAAAAGUACUCACAUUUAAAGUAGAUUUUUAAAAUCAUUUCUAAAGAGAGGAAGAAUAAAGAAAGAAGUUUGAAACACAUAG